UCAGUGGGACCCCGUUUCCAAGACACUUCUCCGCCCACUCCGUCUUGGCCUUGGAGAUUCAGAAUCAGUGAUGGUCCGUAUUUCUCAACACCAGUGGGCCCCUCGCUCACUCCAUGUCCGAGUUUACUGCCAUAACUCUCCCAAUCUCUCCCGACAACAUCGAGAAUCAGUGCUGGCUCAGGUGUCACGAAUGCUGCGUUUGUCUGAAGAUGAGGAGAGAGCUGUGAGAGAGUUCCGAAAUAUGUACGACAAUGAGAAGAAGAAGAAGGAGAGCAGCUUUGUGGGCAGGGUGUUUAGGUCUCCUACCUUGUUUGAAGACAUGGUCAAGUGCAUGCUCCUCUGCAACUGCCAGUGGUCCAGGACUUUAAGCAUGGCUAGAGCACUUUGUGAGCUUCAGUUGGAACUGCAGCCUCAAUCAUCCAGUCUGUUAUUUGUGGCUGAUUCUGCAGCUGCUGCUGCAAGCACCAACUUUAAUACCCCAAAACCCGAUAAGGACCACUUCAUUCCCAACACACCAAUACCACAAGAGUCCAAGGUUUCAACAAAUUUUACAAAUUCUGGGUCUAUCAAAGCAGACUGUGUUCCAGCUGAUAUUGUACGCGAUGAUGAUGAUGAUUAUUCAUGUCUAAACUGCAAAACUUGUCAGGCUGCGGAUGAACCACACAACAUUGCUUCUGACUAUGAUACCAUUGGAAAUUUUCCUAGCCCCACAGAAUUAGCAAACCUUGAUGAAGGCUUUCUGGCUUCAAGAUGCAAUCUUGGGUAUAGAGCAAGUCGCAUUUUGAAACUUGCUCGGGAUAUUGUUGAAGGCAGGAUUCAACUAACACAACUUGAGGAGGCCAGUAAAGGAGCAAGCUUUGCCAAAUCCAGCAACUACGAUAAGUUGGCUAAACAGUUGAAAGAAAUUGAUGGAUUUGGUACUUUUACAUGUGCCAAUGUGCUUAUGUGCAUGGGAUAUUACCAUGUCAUUCCAACAGAUUCUGAAACUAUUCGGCAUCUAAGAAAGGUACCCUUUUGGUUCUUCCUCAUGUUUUUGUCAUUACUACCGUUGAAAAACUAAACAUACGAAUAUGAUUGACGUUUU